AUGCUCGCACAAUCAGAGGCCACCAAGAAGGAGAAGGAGGAGAACAUCUUCAAGCAUGCAUGGCAUUCCGUCGGGGAGGCGCUUCAUCUCCGUUCAGACCCUGCCGUCGAGGAUGUCCCCCCUCCAGUCCCACCAAAGGACGACAAGUGGUUGGUCAAGACCGUCAACAAGGCCCCACCCAUGGACCAAACCCCCGAAGACCCCAGCUUCUGGGACAAGCUCUUCCACAAGUCCCAAAAGUCCUCCUCCACCACCGACGAUAAUGACAAUGACAACGACGCUGUCUCCAUCAGCGUCCCCGCCGAUGCAGCCCUGCAAUGCCUGGGCGUGCAGGGCGACGACGCCCACCUGGAGGAGAAGAAGAACUACUUCGAACGGAUGGCCGGACGCGUCAAGGAGAAGUUCGACGACGACGAUUCGGAUUCGGACUCGGACGAUGAUGAUGACGACAGGGCCAAAAAGGUCGAGAAGAAGGCCUCCAUGACCGAACAGGAGAGGCUCACACACCAACAGCGCAAGAAACUUGCACCCAAGGUCGACCCCAAGGAGAUGCAAAAGGCCCACGCGGCCGUCUAUGGCAUCUCGGCCGAGACUCAAGCACAACAAGUCGAGGCCGACAAGAAAUUGUUUGGAUCCUGGUGGGGUUGUCAUCCUCGUCGGUCUAGGGCGGCUCGUAAGCUGGAAAAGCAGAAGGAGGCCGAGGCUGAACAGGAGCGCAUCUUGCAGGAGAUUGCGGCGAGACAAAAAGCCAAGUUUGAGGCUGAGGCUGCGGCGGCUGCUGCCGCCAAGGCUGCCGAGAAGAAGUGGUGGCAGUUUGGAAAGGAACGUUCCCCUGCGCAGAAGGCUCAGCGAGCAAGGGAGAAGAACGACAAGGAGCGCAAGUCUUCCCGCACCCACCAAGCCCUUGCCGCUGCUGCUGCAUAUGAGGCGAUGAAGAAGUACAAUGAGAAGCAAGAGAAAGAUGGCAAGGAGGUCUCGCACGGACAGAUGAAGGCUGUCCUCGCCGGCAUGGCCAUGGCCGAGGCCGUCAAGCUCUUUGAGAGCCGCGACGAUGACGAUGACGACGACGAUGAUAGCAAGGACGAUACUGUUGCCGAGGCUGGUUCCAUGGCACUCAAGCUUUUUGAGCUCAUCAAGUAG